GACGUUCGCCUGAUACACAAAUGCACAUACAAAAUAUUUAACCGUUUCUCAAUGCAAUAUCCCAAAGUCUUGGUCGUGGCCUCACUUAUAUAAAGAAACCCCCACAGCAAAGUUUUCCGAUACAGCUGCAGAGAGAGAUCAGAGAGACAGAGAAUGGGUAGCGGAGGAGCUGAAGGAAGAACGUUCAUGGAGGUGGGAGAUGAUGGGGUGGCUCUCAUCACCAUUAUCAACCCUCCUAUUAAUUCCCUCUCCUUUCAUGUGGUAGGCAGCUUAAAAGACAACUUUGAGAAGGCCUUACGAAGAGAUGAUGUGAAGGCAAUCGUGAUUACAGGUGCAAAGGGCAAUUUUUCUGGUGGCUUUGAUGUUGCUGCUCUUCAGGGAAUUCAAGCCGGAAAGAUCGAGAAAGAAGAAAGGCCUGGCUCUCUCGCUGUAGAGGUUAUUACUGACAUUUUCGAAGCUGCGAAAAAGCCUUCAGUUGCUGCCAUUGAUGGCCUUACUAUAGGCGGAGGAUUAGAGAUUGCAAUGGCAUGCCGUGCUAGAAUAUCUACUCCCACUGCACAAAUAGCCUUGCCUGAACUCUCCAUUGGAAUCAUUCCUGGAUUUGGAGGUACACAGCGGCUUCCUCGUCUUGUUGGUCUCCCAAAGGCACUUGAUAUGAUGCUGAAGUCAGAGCCAGUCAAAGGGGAGGCAGCUUAUAAUUUGGGUCUUGUGGAUGCCAUCGUUUCAGCUGAUGAGUUGGUAAACACUGCACGUCAAUGGGCACUGGAUAUCUUCCACAGUAGAAGACCAUGGGUUGUUAGUCUUCACAAGACCGACAAGAUAGAGCCCCUUUGGGAAGCAAGGAAAAUACUCAAGUUUGCAAGAGCUCAGACCAAUAAACAGGCUCCCAAUGUCAAACACCCACAGAUUUGCCUUGAUGUCAUCGAAGAGGGUAUUGUUUCUGGUCCCCGUGCCGGACUCUGGAAGGAGGCUAAAGGUUUUCAAGAAGUUCUGUAUUCUGUCACUUCCAAGAGUCUGGUCCACCUCCUUUUUGCUCAACGUGGAACCUCUAAGGUAGCUGGGGUUACUGAUAUUGAUUUAGUGCCAAGACGGGUGAAUAAGGUUGGUAUCAUUGGUGGAGGAAUAAUGAGCCCCGAAAUAGCAACGGCAUUGAUUCUUAGUAAUUAUCAAGUUACAUUGAAAGAAGAAAAUGACAAGUUCUUGCAGGAUGUAAUUGGUAAAGUCAGAGCUAAUCUGCAAAGCAGUGUGAAGGAAGGGAAAAUGUUUGAGAAGGACUUGGAGAAGACCAUAUCAACUCUCAAGGGUGUCAUUGACUAUGAAAGCUUUAAAGAUAUGGACAUGGUGAUUGAGGAUGCUAUUGAGAAUGUUUCUUUGAAGCAACAAGUUUUUGCUGAUCUUGAAAACUACUGCCCACCACAUUGCAUACUUGCAAGUAACACCUACACAAUUGACUUGAAUCUGAUUGGGGAGAGGACAAAAUCCAAAGAUCGGAUUGUUGGAGCUCAUUUCUUUAGCCCGGCUCAGCCACUUUUGGAAAUUGUUCGAACCAGGCAGACGUCUCCCCAGGUGGUUGUUGACUUGCUAGAUGUUGUGGAAAAGAUAAAGAAAACUCCAGUGGUGGUUGGAGAUUGCACAGGCUUUGCCGUCAACAGAAUGUUCUUCCCCUAUGCACAAGCUGCUACUUUGCUCGUGGAGCGUGGUGCAGAUCUGUAUCAGAUUGAUAGGGCCAUUACUGAAUUUGGAAUGCCAAUGGGCCCUUUCAGAUUGGCUGACAUGGUUGGUUUCGAUGUUGCAAUCGCAAAUGGCACGCAAUUUGUUCACAACUUUCCUGAGAGAAGUUAUAAAUCAGUGCUUGUCCAACUAAUGCGGGAGGAAAAGAGAGCAGGUGAGACUAAUCUGAAAGGGUUCUAUGUGUAUGAUGAGAAAAUCGAAGCUCGCCCGGAUCCCGAAGUAGAAAAAUAUAUUGACAAGUCAAGGACCAUUUCUGGUGUAACCAUUGACCCUAAGCUCGUGAAGUUACCAGAAAAGGAAAUUGUGGAAAUGAUAUUCUUUCCUGUGGUGAAUGAGGCUUGCCGAGUGCUAGAUGAAGGUAUUGCAGUAAAAGCAGCAGACCUUGACAUUGCUGCUGUUAUAGCCAUGGGUUUCCCACCUUACAGAGGAGGUAUUAUGUACUGGGCCGAUUCGCUUGGUGCCAACUACAUUUGUUCCAGAUUGGAGGAAUGGUCAGAGACGUACGGAGAUUUCUUCAAGCCUUGUGCCUACUUGGCUCAAAGAUCUGCCAAGGGGAUUCCUCUGAGUUCUCCGGUGGAGGAAGAAGAAUCUCCGUGGUAAGAUCAAUUUGCUCGUUGUGCGCAUGGCCCACUUUUUUGGUUAAGAUUGUUAAGAAUAUAUUAGAUAUUAUUCUAUGGUUAUUUACCUCCUUAUUUAC